GAAGGAGGGGAGAGAGGAGGUCACAAGAGGAAGAGGAGGAAGGUAGGCAGACAGCGCGGGUCGUAAUAUACCAAAUACAACCCCUUCACUUCUCAUCUGGAUCUGCACGUGAGCUGUUUGCCAUCAUCACAGCGGCAGGAAGACAGCACGGAGCCAGAACAGGUCAGCAGCAACUGAGUGCAUCUUGAGAGGAUGCCGGGAUACCACACUGAGGGCGACAGGAAUCGCUACAGAGGACAUGGGCAGGGGGGCAUGGGAGGAUGGGGGGGACGAGAUGGAGGGGGCAACAGGGGCUACAGUCAUGGAGGAGGGGGAGGGGGAAAGUAUGACAGGUACAGAUGGAAUGAUGAGGGUGAAGGAGGAAGCAGGCAGGGACCCUCCAGAGGCUACAAAGACAACUACAGCCACCACAGGUACCGUGAUAGGUAUUCCUCUGGUGGCAGUAGCUCACACCAGUACCAGCAUCACCACCAACACCACCACCACCACCACCACCAGUCCUGGCAGGAGGGGGGCCGGGGCAAUGAGGAGUACAGCAGGAGGGGAGGGGGGGAGGGACGCAUUGGGCCAGACUUCAUCAGGUCCCUCACAGAACUUGGUCACAUCAGCGGGAAGGAGUCACGCAUUGCCCUAGACAUUCUGAAAUCAGUCCUGAGCUCAGAUGCCCCUGAGCGUGACCACUGGGACCAUGGGCCGCCUGCCAGGAAGAUGAGGCGCCUCGACUGGGAUGGGGCGCGCUCUCCACACAUGCACAAGUAUCCCUACCGUGAGAGACCCUACCCAGGCCACCACCAGUACCGGGGUUGGGAUCAGGGCAGGGCUGGGAUGGUUCCUCGCAGCCACCACUGCUACCGCAAGAUGUCAAACUCACAGUUGAGGGAGAUGGAAAUGGCCCGAUCAGAGAUGCCUCACCCUGAUAAAAAGGAGAAAAAGGACUUGGAGAAAAAGACUUCAGGAGGAGUUAAGAGAGUGAGAGAAGGGGACGAGGAAAAGGAGAAGGCCUCCGCAGAGGAAACUGCAGGGGAGGAGGGCACUCAAAGCACUGAGAAGGAGGCAGCUGAAGAACAAGAAAAAUCAGAAGAAGUGAAGGAGAAGAAUGAAGAGCAGCCAUCAGUAAAGAAGGAGACAAAGGAGGAAAAGGGAGAAGAAGUGAAAGAAAAGAAGGAAGCUGAAACAGAUGAUACCCCACAGGCCAACUUUGUGUUCCCACGAACCGCCCUCAAGUGCCAUAUGUGUGACAUGACCAAGUUUCCUAAUAUUAAGGCCUACUUGAGUCACCUGGGCAGCAAGAACCACGAACGCAUUGCUCAUGUCUUUCAUGCCCGCUGUGCUGCCUCCAUGGACCUGCUGAUUGCCGAGUCCAAGCUGGCCAACAAGAGGAGGACCAGACUACGAGGGAAGGCCCACUGGUGCUACGAGUGUGUCUGCUUCAUGAACACCCACCCCAAGGAGCACUACCACUCCAUCGAACAUACGCUGGUGAGUCGCUACAUGGAGAUGCAGUGCUGUGGUUACCUGUACAACCGUGCCAAUGUGGAGGAGCAUCGCCUCUCCAUGCGCCACCUGAAGAAUCAGAUUGCAUAUGAUGAGGCCCAGCAGACAAAGAAGGAAAAGGAGAAAGAACUGAGAGCUUCAGGGAAAGAGGAAGAGGCAGCUUUUCAUAAGGAGGUGGCUGAGUUCAAGCGACGCGGGCUGGAGCGAGAGAAGGAGGAGGGACUUCACCCACUUACUGUAGCCAACAUGCCACCACACGACCCCAUGCGACCUUUAGGGCUGGACAUGCUAUACAAGGAGACGCGGUGCCAGUGUGACGUGUGCCAUUGCAGCAUCAGCAGUGUACGCCUUGCACGCUAUCACUUCCGCUCCCUGGAACACUACCACAACAUGUGUGCUCAUUUUGCUGCCAUAGAGGAGGCAAAGGAAUUAGAAAGAAAGAAGAAGGAGGAGGAGGAGAAGGCAGCCAAGGCUCAAGAGGAAGGUAUGGAGGGCACAGAGGGAAAAGCAAAGAAGAAAGAAGAUGCAGAGGAAGAAGAUGAGGACAUUGCAAACAUGGAAACAGUAGAUGUGGCAGAGGAAGAUGGAGAAGGAGAGGAGGAGGAUGUCUUGGGGGCGGCAGCUGUGGGAGGCAGUCGUGCAAGGAAGAACAAGGAAGCGCAGGAAGAGGAUGAAGAAGAUGAGGAUGGAGAAGAGAGAAUGAAGGAGUCGUUUGAGGAAGAGGAAUACCCCAGGGAGGAGGAAGAGGAGGAAGAAGAUGCUGCUGAGGGUAAUGAAGAGGAAGCGGAGGAAAGAGAGGGUGAAGAGGAGCACUUUGAUGAAGAGAUGGAAGGGGAAUAUGGGGAGGAGGAAGAGCCAGAUGAUGGAAUAAUAGAAGGUCUAGAAGAGGAAGGGGAAGACUUUGAUGAGGAUGGCCUUCACUGUGAGUAUGAAGGUGGAAGAGAUGAAGAUGCAUAAGUGACACUGGAGGCAGGAAAAGGUUUGUGAAAGAAGAUGAAGGAAAGGUAGCUCUUAUGAAACCAGAAAAUGAGGUGAAAGAAAGGAAAAAGAGAGGAGAGGAAGGGAGAAAAGUGUAAGGAAAGAAAAUGAAAGGAGAGGAUGAAAAAGACAACUGGUAAAUACUGCAAAACUGUCCCUCCUCUACUCCCAUCUACCUUUCAACACUACAAAACUAUCCCUUCCCUACUCCUAUCUUCCUCUCACCCUCCCUCCUUCCCUCUUUCCCUCCCCUUCCUUUCUUCCUUCCCCUCACUAAACAGAUCUCUUCAUUUCCACAAUACCUGGGAGAGAUGUCUUUCUGUCUUUUCCUCAAACAUUUUUCUCCUAUUGUACAUAAUGUAAGUGUUUUUCUUUAUUCUUCCUCCUUCUCCCUCUCUCUCCCUUGCAUUAUUAUUCCUGUGCAUUAAAUGUGAGCCAAGGAGAAUCAUUGCCAGGGAAAACCAAUUGUAGGGAAUCUGUGGUGAGAGUGAGGGGGAAGACAGGAUUGUAUGAUAAGAUAGUGUUGAUUAGCAAGGAAAAUAGGAUAUGGAUGAAAAUUUUGAUAGGCAGCAGGAAAGGCAGUUACAAAUGAAAGAGAAAUAGAAGGGAGGAGAAAAGUUGACAGACAUGAGUGGAAAAAGAGUAUAAGUAUUGAUGGAAUAGAGGUUGAAAUGUGUAUAAGCAACAAGAGAAGGAAGGGGCAAAAGCAAGAGACAAGUAGAAGUUAAAUACACGACCGGAGAACAGGAAGUGAUGGGCUGGGUAUUACAUUGCACAAAGGGAGAAGUAAAAGUUCCUAUCAGUGCUUGGCAAAUUCAUGGUUGAUAAAGUACUUAAUGAGAAAACUAGAAAAAGAUGGAUGUUGAUGUGGGAAGUCAUUGUUCCUAGAUUAUUAUUCCUGUUUGGCACCGCUGACACAAGUCCAGGCUGUAUAAGUGUUAAUGGUGGUGCUGAAGAAAAGGUACAAGCAUAGCAAGCAGCAGUUCAGUGUGGAUUAUUUCGCACAGUCACGGCCAAUAGUGGGUUAAUCUGUUGCACUCCCAUUUCACUGUGUUAAUGUUUCCCUUCAGUCAUUUCUUCAGGUUUCUCAGCAUGAUGAACACUAACUAGCUGCCUUUCUUAGCUGGAGAGAUAGAUACUUUAUCCCAUCUCUAUUUAUUUAUAUAUUUAUUUUUUAAUCUGCUGAUGUUUCGUAAAAUCUGUCAAUUGAUGUAUUAUAAAUGGAUCAGAGGAACUUAGAUUGAGGAGAACCACAGUGGAAGCGGGAUAAGGAGUUAGUUGACGAUUGGCAGUGACUGUACCUUGAUGAGAGGGAGCCCUUCACAGCACACCUCUGUACAAAUGCAUGUUUAUUUUGGCGCAGCAGUUCCGUAUGUGUGUUGUCGGUGGAUUAGGUAGCCAGCACUUACUGUCUGUCAGAAGCAAAUGAGCACUGCAGGAGUUAAUAAUAUGCUGUGUCUGUGGCAGCUGUGGGUGGUGGGAGUGAGGAGGCGGCCAGUAUGUAGCCUGGGGAGCGUGGGCUACAUUGUGGAGUCAGGUUAUGUGUAUACUGUUAAGUCCUCUUGUAUGCUAGUACAGUAUAAACCAGAAAGUAACACAUCCUUUUAUGAAUGGACCAUGCAUAGGUAGUGACUUUAUUUUGCUUAGGGUAGUACACCGCAGAAGGAAGACUUUUUUUUGGAGAUGUACGAGUAACUACUUUUGUCUUUUUUUUCUCUUUUUUUUUCUCUCUCUCUCCAUGUGUGUGAAUAUGCGCACCUUAUGUAGAUCUGUAAGGUGUAUGUGGCAAGGCAAACUGUAUCAAUGUGAAUCAGCCUGUUACACAAUACUGAAAUAAAGGCAGUGAAUUAU